AGUUACGUUGGUACCUCCGCACGUGCAUCAGUUACAUAAUGAAUAAACGUCUUGGAUAAAUUCUUUUUGUGGAAAAUGGCAGGUAUUAUUCCACAAAGUUGUAAAAAUGCAUUCCGACAAGUACGAGCACUACAUGUAUCAGCUGGUCAACAUGCUGAAGCUAGGUUAAAAACUUUUUCUGUCUAUCGUUGGAAUCCAGAUAAACCUGAUGAAAAACCUUUUAUGCAAGAUUAUAAAAUAGAUUUAAAUAGUUGUGGUCCUAUGGUACUUGAUGCCUUAAUCAAAAUUAAAAAUGAAAUAGACCCAUCUUUAACUUUCCGCCGUUCUUGUCGUGAAGGCAUUUGUGGAUCAUGUGCUAUGAAUAUUGGUGGAACUAACACGCUUGCAUGUAUCAGUAAAAUUGAUGACAACCUGAGUGUUCCUAGUAAGAUUUAUCCAUUACCUCACAUGUAUAUUGUUAAAGAUCUUGUGCCAGAUCUUAAUAAUUUUUAUGAUCAAUAUCGAAGUAUACAACCAUGGCUUCAACGUAAUGAUGCUAAAGAGACAGGUAGUCAGCAGUAUUUACAAAGCGUUGAAGACCGUAAAAAGUUGGAUGGUCUCUAUGAGUGCAUUCUCUGUGCUUGCUGCAGUACUUCCUGUCCAUCAUAUUGGUGGAAUGGUGAUAAAUAUUUAGGGCCUGCUGUUCUUAUGCAAGCAUAUAGAUGGAUUAUUGAUUCAAGAGAUACUCAGACAAAAGAACGUCUUGAAAAAUUAAUGGAUCCAUAUUCUGUUUAUCGUUGUCACACAAUUAUGAAUUGCACCCGUACUUGUCCAAAGGGACUUAAUCCUGGAAGAGCAAUAGCAGAAAUUAAAAAAUUAUUAGCAAAUGUUGCGGAGAAACCUAAGCCAGGACUAGACACUACAGCUUUGCAUAAUUAGAAGGAUAAGAAAAAUAUUUCACAGCUCAUUUUAAUGUGUACGUAAUUAUUUAAUAGUUUAAUUUUAUUCAAAUGAUGCUGUUAAAAUUAAUAGUAAACCCUUUUUAAUAGAGUAAUAAAGUAAAGAUUAAGCCAGUU